AAUAAAGCAAUCUUCCUAUUUUCUGGUUGGACACUAUAAUCCUAUGAAUUGUUGAGAAAGGAGUAGUUGCUGAGAAAAUGCCCACUCUUUUAGACGGGUGAGAAGUCAUGAUGGGAGUGAUCCGUGCCCUGAUUUUCGUUGAGUAUUUUGGAAGCCCAUUGGCUUCAAACUUGGUGAGUAUUUAGGGAGCCCAUAGCCUCAAACCCCCCACAUAAAGGAAGAAGAAAGGUAGAAAAGGGUCGGUGGUUGGAAUAAGUGAGAUUGGUUUGUCAAAUAUCAGUUUCCUGGGAUUUGGUUCCUUUGUCAGUGCACUGAGUUCUAUUAGAGGUGACGAUACUCGCUCAGUUGAUUGCAGAAGAAGGAAUGACUCAGGUAAAUAGAUUUGCUUCAUUCAUUUAGAAUGGUGCAUCAAAUUGCAGUGCACUUUGGGUGAUUAUACCUGAUGACAACUUGGAAAAUUUUCAGGAGAGCGUCAGGUGACCAACAGAGUUGAGCUAGCUGGCAGCAUCAAAGAUGGACUCUAUCUUUUGCCCAGAUUCAAAGGAAACUAUGAAUGUUGUAGGAUUAGAGAGGGAGGAGGCAGUCCUGUUUUCACAUGGCACAUGAGAGCAAGUUUUCCAAUACCAUUGGGUGGAAAAAUGUUAUUAGCAGCUUUUGUCAAGCCCGCCGGGGAGACGACCUUUCUUUUGUCAUCAUCUGUCAGUUCAAUAGUGGACCUUACGUUUUAAAACGAGCACUGCCACACGACAUUGCUGAAUCCUCUCUCACACACAGCGAUGGAGUCAACGACGUCCAACUUGAUCAAGCUCCUCCUCCUCCUCCUCUAUUUCCUUCCCUGCUUUCAUACCAAAUCACCACCCGCUUCAACACUUCCUCUUCCCACAAAAUCUGGCUACCUCCCUGUCAAUCCCACCACCAAUUCAGCCAUGUUCUACACUUUCUAUGAAGCACAGAACCCCAUAUCACCUCUCACCCAAACCCCACUUGUGAUUUGGCUCCAAGGUGGCCCUGGCUGCUCCUCCAUGAUCGGUAACUUCUUUGAGCUUGGCCCUUGGCGCCUGAAUCGUGACAAACACCUUCAACUUGAACCCAAUUUGGGUGCAUGGAACCGCAUAUUUGGCCUACUUUUUCUUGAUAAUCCAGUAGGAACGGGAUUCAGUGUUGCUUCUUCACCUAAAGAAAUCCCAACAGAUCAAUAUUCUGUUGCCAAGCAUCUAUUCUUUGCCAUAAGGUCAUUUAUUGAAUUAGACCCAUUAUUCAAAUCUCGCUCAAUUUAUAUUACAGGGGAGAGCUAUGCAGGAAAGUAUGUUCCAGCAAUUGGGUUCCACAUUUUGAAGAAAAACUCACGGUUACCAGAGUCUCAGCGUGUGAAUUUAAGGGGUGUUGCUAUAGGGAAUGGGCUGACAGACCCAGUGAGACAAGUGGCUACUCAUGCUGCGAGUGCUUAUUUUUCAGGAUUGAUCAAUGGGAAACAGAAAACCCAGCUGGAAAAAGCUCAGUUGGAGGCCGUUAAGUUGAUUAAGGAGGGUAAUUGGAGUGAGGCAACAAAUGCAAGAAAUAGGGUCUUGAAUAUGUUGCAAGAUAUGACAGGCCUAGCCACACUAUAUGAUCUUACAAGGAAAGUUCCUUAUGAAUUGGAAUUGGUUGGUGAGUUUUUGAGCAGCGAAGGGGUGAAGAAGGCUUUGGGAGCAAAUGUGUCAAUAGCUUGGGAGGACUGCAGUGAUGUGGUGGGAGAAGCAUUGCAUGAAGAUGUGAUGAAGAGCGUGAAAUUCAUGGUAGAAUUGCUGGUGAAGAAGAGCAAGGUGUUGUUGUACCAGGGGCAGUUCGAUUUGAGAGAUGGAGUGGUAUCAACCGAAGCUUGGAUGAAGAGCAUGAAGUGGGAGGGGAUUGAUAAAUUUCAAGCGGCUGAGAGGAAGGUUUGGGAAGUGAAGGGAGAGCUUGCAGGGUAUGUGCAGAAAUGGGGGAGCUUGAGCCAUGUUGUGGUUUCAGGGGCUGGACACCUUGUGCCUGCUGACCAGCCAGUGAAUUCUCAGAUCAUGAUAGAAGAUUGGGUUUUGGAGAGGGGAUUGUUUGGCAAUGAGCAAGAGAGAAAUUAAUCUUCUCGUUCUCGUGUCCCUGGACCUUGUGUGAUCUGUUCGAAAUUCAAAUUAUGAGUAGGUCUGAAAUUAUGGAUAGCAUUGAAUAAAUAUCCAUCUACCCACUUGUUAUUUAUUAAUAUCGUUAGAUCGAUGGGUGCAUCUCAACUUGAAAUAUUUCCUCAAUAAGUACUAUAAUUUAGAUGAAAAUGUAAGAACUUUCGAAGUUUAAGAAAAACCUUAUGCGGAGUGGAUAUGUAUUCA